AUGUCUGAUGUAGAUGACCAGACUGGUCCCCUGUGGGGCAGGCUAGGUGUUGAACAGUACUUGAUUGUAAGAUACUUGAUUUAUAUUUGGGCCCUUGCCGUCACACUAACCUGGCAUAGACAAACUGGGACCGUUUUUCUGUUGAAAUGCCAGAUCAGCAACGGAAAAGACUUGUGUCUAGAUUUCUUAACACCCCCCCUUGAGCCAAAACAAGACUGCGAAAGAAAGCCCACAAUCACUCCUCUACGAGAGCCUACAGCGGAAGAAAUUGACACGAUUCUUCGACCUUACCGUUGCGAAAAACUUCGGUGGCACGCUGAUAACAUAUCCAUGAAUGCAGUAUGUCCUAUGCUCCUACGCACACAUUACACCAAAAACGCAGAUGACAAAAAACGCCACGACAAAAUCAUGGAGGAAUGGAUUAAUGUGGACCUAUUUGAGGAAGAAGCUUGGUGGGCAGUCCUUGAUGAUGUGAACCUAUUUGAUUUCGGGUCCGAAUGGCGUCGUAUUUACGAUGUUUUACCUGAGAUUGCAUAUCCUAUUAGUUUCAGAGGGGUGGAAGAGGGCGAUCAGAAUAUCUUACAGGAUAACUAUACUGAGCCACAGGAUCAUGUGGAGAUGCGGGCGUUUUUCAAAAGAGAUAUCGCAAAUGCGAAACAAUAUGACCCUGAAGCUUGGUAUAACGAUCGCGAAUCGGUGAUCGAGUCUAUCGGUACAUUACAGGUGGCUGCUACGUACACAUUUAUGGUCAUUGCAGAUGAGGAAGCCUUCGAAAGUAGGCGUUUGUACAUUAUUUAUCUCGAUGGUCUUCGAAGAAUCAUUCGCGAGGGUCGUAUUGAGCCUGAUUAUUAUAAUAUUGGCACCGUUGCAGGCUUAUGGGGAAAUUGUUGCGCGCUACUGGGGCCAGAGUAUACAUCACUCAAUGAGAUGUACCGAAUCAAUGGUGAGAUAGGGAAGGAAUUGUAUCAAUUAACGGAAGAGGAUCUCGCAGACCCAUAA